AUGAUAAGAUUUAAAAGAUUUUCUGAGAAAGGACGGAUUGAGUGGAAUCGGAGCUGGAACUACAACUGGAAUCAGAGCUGGUGGAGAUGGAAUCUGAGGAUCGGGCCUGUUGGAGAUGGAAUCGGAGAAUCGGAGCUGGUGGAGGCGGAAUCGGAGCUGGUGGAGGUGGAAUCGGAGCUGGUUGAGGCGUCGGAGCUGAAGCGACAACUGGAAUCGGAGCUGGUGGAGGUGGAAUCGGAGCUGGAACUAAAACUGGAAUCAGAGCUGGUGGAGAUGGAAUCUGAGGAUCGGGCCUGUUGGAGAUGGAAUCGGAGAAUCGGAGCUGGUGGAGGAGCCACUGGAGUUUCUACUGUGUUAACCGGUGGAAUUAGAACUUCCUCCCCAAUACCUCUCUACUCCAAGCCACACCAUCUGCCCUUGACCUCCUCACCCUAUUCGCCACCACCAGUCGACGGGCGUCCUGCCCUGAGCCGCCUGCCACGUCACAAGCUACAGUAA